AAGCCUGCACAUCCUGCACGCAAGAUGGCCUUCUCCACUGCCACGCUGGCAGAAGGCUGCUUCGGGAAGGUGUACAAACAGAAGUACAACGACACCUGGGCGGCCGUCAAGAAGGUCCCGCAGCAUCUCAUCACCAAAAAGGACCUGGAGAGAGAGUACGCGGUGUACAAACAAGCCAACCACCUGAACAUUGUGAAGCUGCUGGGGAAGAUCAACCUCCAAGAUGGAAAUUGGAUCAUUCCACUGGAGUUCAUCUUCGGAGAGGAACUGGAGAUCACCAUCUUUAAGACCGCCAAAUCCAAAAUAAAGCUAACCCCUGCUAAUAAAGGCAAAAUCAUUGUGGGCAUGUGUGAGGGACUACUGCACCUCCAUGCCCUAGACAUCGUCCAUCAAGACCUCAAGCCUGAUAACAUCAUGGUGGAACACGACACCAACCGGGCCGUCAUCAUCGACUUGGGCUUGGCCAAGUUCUUCCGCUGCGGCCUCAACUCGGCGAACGACAUGGGCAACGAGGCGUACUCGGCGCCCGAGGUGCUGCAGAGGCGCAACCAGCGGGACCAGCGCUCGGACGUGUGGGCCAUGGGGAAGAUCAUCGCCGAGCUGUGCGCCCGCGUCCGCCUGCACACCCUCACCUUUGGCCCCGGAAAGGUCCGCGAGGUCAUGCCCGAGCAGCCCUACUGCCAGGCCGUGUGCCGCAUGGUGGAGGCCAACCCCGUGAGAAGGGCCUCCAUUGAGGGCGUCAUCACGGACAUGAGGGCGGCCGUGGCCAUGAACCGCCUCCGUCCGCCUUCGACGCACGACCACCAGAGGAAUCGCUCUCUCUCUCCCUCGCCUUUCAACCGGGAGAGAGGAGCGUCCCCGUUCAACGAGCCAAAAAACAGACCGCCGUCCCCUUUUCAGAGAGACCUGUCUCCGGUCAACACGGAUCUCCCCCGGCCGGGAUGGGAGCGCGGCUCGAGACCGCAACUCCAAGUCGACCGCCCCCGGGCGGGAACGCCGUCGCCCAAAAGGCUGGAGGUCCGCGACAACGGCCGCCAGGAUCUGGUCGCCGCGGCCUUUCAAGACCUGACCGAAGGCGUGCUGAAGAUGGCUUUGUACGAGGAGGCCGCCCGGGAGCUGUGCUGCAAGCUGCCCGCCACCGGCCACGUGAUGGUGCGGCACUACGAGGAGAACGGCGGCGUGGGCACGUGGGCGCAGAAGGAGGUGGUGACGCGCAACGGGAAGAUCAUCAAGUACAACGACAUCACCUAUAACAAUCAAUAAUAUGGUACACAAAGCUCAUUCUGAUCGUGUUACAAUGUUGGAUACUCAUCUUAAAAAAAACUGUUU